GAAUGCGUUCUCGCGAGAUCUUGAUGAGCCUACUUCAAAGUAAAUGCCACGUCUUACCAGUAGCAUCUAGGCAGAUAGAAACAUUAGCAGUUUACCUAACGUACUUUACGCAUAAUAGAGAGUUAUUCAGCAGCCCAGUAGGCAGAGAUAUCUGACACAAUCCGGGGAUAAUAUGGGCUGUAUACGUCUGCUGGCACUGACACUGGCCACAUCUGCAGUACUCCUGUUCGCCUCACAUUCAACCACUGCCCAUAGCCAUUCCCAUGGCGACCACGGCCACGGCCACGGCCACCAUCACCACGGCCACCAUCACCACGGCCACUCCCACGGAGAAGACGAUCAUGAAGACGUGAAGAUGUUCCACGGAGCGAGCAAGUGGAGCGCCGAGGCCAACAUCCCUCUCCAGGAAGAGGAACACCACGGACACGCACACGCUCACGAUCACGGGCACGCUCACGAUCACGGGCACGCUCACGAUCACGGGCACGCUCACGAUCACGGGCACGCUCACGAUCACGGGCACGCUCACGAUCAUGGGCACGCUCAUGAUCACGGACACGCUCACGACCACGGGCACGCACACGCUCAUGAUCACGGGCACGCUCAUGAUCAUGGACAUGGGCACGCUCAUCACGAUGCGGAGGAUAUUGUUCGGGUGCACAAGGAGGAGAGUGGACACGCACACUCCCACGGAGGGGAGAGGGUGAAGAGGGAGACAGAAGGAGAGAAAAGGGACACGCUGGAGCUGUGGACACAGGCUAUCGGAGCGACCCUGCUGAUCAGCGCGGCUCCUUUCCUCAUCCUGUUUCUGAUCCCAGUUCAGUCCAACAGCGACCAGCACCAGAACCUGCUCAAAGUGCUGCUCAGCUUUGCCUCAGGUGGACUGCUGGGAGACGCCUUCCUCCACCUCAUUCCACACGCUUUGGAGCCCCACUCUCACCACGGAGAAGAAGAUCAUGGACACUCGCACGCAAGUGAGGAGUCACGUGACCACGGCCACUCCCAUGGAGCCGCCCACGGUCACAUGAUGUCAGUGGGUCUGUGGGUUCUCGGCGGGAUCAUCGCCUUCCUGGUUGUGGAGAAGUUUGUGCGGGCCCUGAAGGGAGGCAGCGGCCACGGACAUUCCCACGGCCACUCGCAUGAUGCUCCCAAGGAGAAAGACAGUGAUGGAGAAGAAGACAAGGAAAAGAAGAAGAAGAAAGAAAGCAAAGACAAGAAGGUGCCAAAGAAAGAGGAGACACAGGAGAAGAGCACAGACAUCAAGGUGUCGGGCUACCUGAACCUGGCAGCCGACUUCACACACAAUUUUACCGACGGCCUGGCAAUCGGAGCGUCGUUCCUGGUUGGCCCAGCGGUUGGCGCCGUCACCACGCUCACCAUCCUGCUGCACGAGGUCCCGCAUGAGAUCGGAGACUUUGCCAUCCUUGUCCAGUCUGGCUGCACCAAAAAGAAGGCCAUGUGUCUCCAGUUGCUGACUGCCCUGGGAGCUCUAGCCGGCACAGCUUGCUCCCUAUUGGCCGAGGGCGUGGGCGCGGCGGCGACCGCCUGGAUCCUGCCGUUCACGGCCGGCGGCUUUGUUUACAUCGCCACGGUCACCGUGCUGCCAGAACUGCUGGCGGGCCGCUCCAGCUUCGGCCAGUCUCUGAUGGAGAUUCUGGCGCUGCUGUUCGGGGUGGGCAUGAUGGUGCUGAUCGCCGAGUACGAGUGAGACGCGGCCGAGUGGACAGAGAGGUUGAAAAGGUCAAACGGUUAGGGGAAGAAAAGAAAGAAAAGCUGGUUUUAAAGUAGAGUUCAAGUAGACGGUUAUGUCAGGGGUGUGUUUACUGUCCUUUUUUUUAUUAAUUAUGUUUUGGGACAAAAUCCACCUCCUGGGUGGCAAAUGGCUGAUUUUGAUCAUUUUUUUUUUUCUUUUGUGUUACUGUCUUUUUUUUUUUUUGUCUUCCUCAAAAAGCGGGAAAGACUGAGAGCUGGAUGGAAACAACCUGAUGGGGAGAGGUUUUUUGAGGACGGCUGUGUUGUUCGUUAAGGGCCUCCCAUCAGGACAAGAGGAGCAAUCCUUUCUGUCCGGUGCCAGAAUUCACUCACCGCUUUUACCACGCGGAUCAAUCAGCUGCACCUCUACUGCAGCGUAAACAGACGGCCAGGUUUCAUCUUCCAGCCAUGACACUAUAUUUUCCAUCGUUUGCAGGUGGUUGGUACAUUUCAGUCAGUCAGUGAAAGAGCCGAGAAAGCAAUGGACUGGCUCGGCUGUUCUCACUGCAGUGACCUGCUCACUUACACGUGUUUAAUGUCUGUUUCAUUUGGAGAAAAAUAAAUCUUAAUAUUUUUACAUUCCACAAAAUAACAGUAAAUGUCAUGGCUUCUACAAAUGUACUCUCAAAUUAUUAAAGCCUUCAUGAAAGGAAAUGUUUCCUAAACAAUCUAUUGUUUAUUUCCAAUAAUAGGAUAAUACUGACAGCUGUGAUGAGCAUCUCCGAUAACGCUUUAUCGUUUCCACUGAUUCCUUUUCCGCAUAUUCUCUAAUAACUUAAUACUUGAAAAUGUAUUGUACUGUGAUAAUAAGUCUGUACAUGGUUGAAUGGCCUGUUUUAAUUUAGCAAGGGAAAAAAAAGAAGCAUUUUAGCUUCUAUUCACAGAGCUGACCACAAGAGGGAGCAGUACAUCAUUUUAAAGAGUUUGUGUGAAGGCUGCGGUAUCUGACAGAUAGAUUACACAAAGCGUGCAGCAUUAUGAAAACAUUUAACCACAUAUGCAGGUAAAGUGCCACGCCCUUGCUGCUAAUGUGUUUCCUGUUGCUCUGCUUCUGUGUCAGCCUUCCCUGCACACUUCCUGCAACUUUCUGUUUGGCUUUUACAAAAGUGAUGAAUAAAAAAAAAAAAAAAGAACCUUGAUUCCUUUUGUUCUGACAGACCCGGAGGAAGUCUCAUGCUGCAUGAUUGAGACACGUUGAUUUUGUGAUUUUGGGGGCUGUACAAAUAAAAUUGACUUGACUUGAAAA